CCCCGCCCACCUCUCCAUGUGAAAGGCACCAGCCGCCUCCUCUCCCUCUCCGAGCAGCGAGUCUCAGCAAUCUGCAGAAUCACGAAGAGUGAAUCAAAAUGACUAUGACACUGGCUUACUGGGAUAUUCGUGGGCUUGCCCAGCCUGCCCGCCUGCUGCUGGAGUACACUGAAACCAAGUAUGAGAACAAGUUUUACGUCUGUGGUGAAGCUCCUAAUUAUGACAAGAGCUGCUGGUUUGAUGUGAAAAACAAACUGGGAAUGACCUUUCCAAAUCUGCCCUACUUGGAGGAUGGAGACAGGAAGAUAGUGCAGAGCAAUGCUAUCAUGCGAUACAUCGCUCGCAAGCACAAUAUGUGUGGCGAGACGGAGGACGAGAGGAUCCGUGUGGACAUCAUGGAGAACCAGGCCAUGGACUUCAGAAACGGCUUUGUGAGGUUGUGCUAUGGUGAAUUUGACAAGAUGAAGCCAGGAUACCUCCAGGUGCUACCAGGAACACUGCAGCAGUUCUCAGACUUUUUGGGGGAGAGGAUGUGGUUUGCUGGUGAUAAGAUCACUUUCGUGGACUUCAUCAUGUACGAGCUGCUGGAUCAACAUAGGAUGUUUCACCCUACAUGCCUGGAUGACUUCAAGAACCUCAAAGACCUAUUAGACCGUUUUGAGGCUCUGGAUAAGAUUGCUGCAUACAUGAAGUCAGAGCGAUUCAUGAAGACUCCAGUGAACAACAAGAUGGCCAAGUGGGGAAACAAGAAAGAGUGAAGAUGAAGCACUUCUGCCUUAAACAAACUGAACAGGACGAUGUUCAAAAAUGCAUUGAAAUCCAAUAAAAGACUAGCGAAGAUUUUUUUUUUUUACCUGUUAACCUUGUUGGUUGUGUAGCAUUAUUGUUAAUUCUCUCUAGUUGAAUCAAAGUUCUUGAAAAGACACUUCAACUUUGUACUUUUAUUAUGGAUUUGUAGACACUUUAAUUUGAAUAAAAGCACUUAAUUUCUUUGA